ACACACGCGGAGAUAGGGGACGACAUGGGCCUGGCUGGCGCAUAUUUUUUUACUUUGCCCAAGGCCAUCUAUAGAACUUUGCCUUCGGAUUCGAAUAAAUGAAUAGAAAAUAAUUUACAAAUUUGAGAAAAGUCAAGUAGCAUUACAGCUCGCACGUUUGAAAUAAAAUGCUGAAUGGCCUCAAGGAGUGUGAUCCACCCGGGCGAGGAAUCUGAAUCUUCUGCCGAUGAAGCGUACUCGGACAACGAGGUUUUGACAUCGGCAGACAGCGACGAAAUCGACACGUCCGCGGUUCCAGCUGCCAGCUGCCCGCCGACCAGCCCGCCGGCCACUGUACCGAGAAAGCCGCCGGCGCCCAGAUCCGACCGCUUCGCCGACUCGCUGCUCCACCAGAAACUGCGCGAAGCAAACAUCAAUCUACGCAAUUCAAUUAAGCAUCAGGUCACCGCGCCGUACCAAAAGGCUACCAAGAAUGUACAAAACCUGACAUAUUCCCUGUCAAAGAUCCAGGCCUCAAUGUCGGAGGUGUGUCUUCAGCUGCAGCAGAUUCGUGACGACCUGAGAGCCACGGAGGAGAAGACGUCUGACAUCGUGUCCAGCGACUUCCUCGUGGACGUGAAGAUCUAGCCGAAGGGCCCGUCCCCUCCGUGGACCCGCCCCGCCCCAGACAAUACUCAGUGCUCGGGGGCCGCUCAGAGCGACUCUCGGUAAACCCCAGUCACUGCCAUGGGGCUGAUCAAUGAUGAACUAGCAGAAGUGCGGAAAAUGUGUGAGCACGUGGUACCGGGCAGCAAGCUAGUCACGUGCGUGCCCGCCAUGGUGCGAAUCGAAAUUCGGAAAACUGACUUCAAGCAGCUGGCGGCGUGCUUCCAGUUCCCUGCCGACUAUCCGCGCAGCGUGAUCCUGCUGGAGCUGAAGAGCAAGACGCUGUCGGACAAGCUGCUGGCCGGUCUGGUGAAGCUGUGCGAGGCGGAGGCCAAGAAGCUGAUCGGCAAGCCGCAGCUGCUGGCGCUGGCCAAGUUUGUGAGUCGUUUCCUGGACGAGAACCCGCUGAGCUGCUGUUCGGCCGAGCUGUCGCGCGUGCGGCAGCUGCUCGCGGACGGUGACGAGCUGAAGCUCAAACAGAAGGUGUCCACGGUGUCCCUUUCGCUGCGCAGCGGCGAGUACCAGUACCGGGUGCACCUGCUCGUGCCGGGCGACUACCCGCUCCAGAGAGUGACCGUGGAGGAGCGCUGGUCCAACCUGCCGGCCACGCUGUGCCGCUGGCUCACCGGGCAGGCGACCGAGAUCGCGCGGCGGUGCGUGGAGCCACCACUGCGGCCGCCGCGCAACGCUCCGCCCUUCCAGCCGCAGCCGUCACUCGAGCCCGUGGUGGCCUUCCUCGUGGGGGACUUCAAACGCUUCCCCACCGACCUCUGCCAGCACUGUAAAAAGGUGGCGCUGCCGUCGGACCCGGCCGAUGUGGUAGAGGACGGCGGCGCAGACCUACACGUGGAGCGCGUCUACUGCGGUCACCUGUACCACUUCGGCUGCCUGGUGCAGUACAUGAAGACGCCACCGUUCGACGGCGGUAAAAAGUGCGAGCUGUGCGGUAAGAGAAUCUUCCACGAGAAAUACAAGGUGUCGCCACAGCUGGCAGAGGCGCGCUGGGCACAGGAGCAGGCCCGCGAGCGGGAGCUGGGAGAGGUCAUCGACUUCCUGCAGUGAUGUGACAUCGUGACCGGUGGUGUGACUCGUGGUGACGCGCUCGGUGGCGUGACAUGGACACUGCCUGGGGCUGCUCGGCGGGGAGGGGACUGGCUGUCAGGGGGAGGGUUUGCUGUGUUUGUGUGCACUGUGUACUCGUGCGUACCCCUCCCGGUGCUGUGGAAGUUCGAGCGGGGUGUAGACAGCCGGUGUGGCCGGCUGUGGCUGAUGUAUACAAUGUAUAUGCGGUGCACUACCUACUACCAGUGAGACCCUAGUGGUGUGUAUCGGCGUGGCUAAUCGCUCGUAACCGGUAAACUAUUCGGGUUUAUGUACCGUGCUGGGGUCGCUUUUCGUGUGAUAUCGGUGUAAAUAUAAUGCAAUGAAUGAUGUA